CGCAUGAGCUGCCGCCGAAGCCCGUUUUGGCUGUGGCGCCCGCGGUUAAGGAGACAAGCACGUUGGCAAGCUCGAUGGCUCGCCCUGAUAGGAGAACCAACGGCAAACCGCACUCUUCUAGUGAUGAUCAGCUUCCCCCCGACUGGGAGAUGAGAACACCCAGGGGUGGUGGAAGUAAUCCUUACUAUUACAACACCAAAACUCAAGAGUCAACUUGGGAUAGGCCGAGUGGCGGCCGGACAAGGGAGAAAGAGAGAGGUCGAAGCCCCACCAGGGAGAACGAGGCUUCGUCCCGCUCAGGAGGUGACCCCCAUAAGUCAUCUGAUUAUGCGAAGUCUCCUAUCACUAGUCGGCACUAUCGCCCUACAAGCAGCUCACCCAACAAAAGCGUGGACGAGCCUCACAGCAGGCGCGAAGAGCGCCCAGACGUGCCACCAUCACGCCCACGGUCGCCUCCGCCUCAUGAUGGGCACGACCGCAGGGACUUCCAGCGGCCUCCGCGCGACGUUCAAGACCGACCGCCCCGCCCGCGGAAGGACUCUGUUACGUCGCCCGAGCGAAAUCCCCGGAGGCCGCCUCCACGAGCUCGCUCUAGUGAGCGCCGUCCUCCUGAAGGUGACCGAACUUGGAUUCCUCGGGAUGCUGUUCCUCCCCAGGCAGUUCAGGUUGAAAGGGAAGAACAUGUGAUACCUGCUCGAAGGAAGCGUCACGAUAGUGACCCUCCUCGUCGUGAUCAUCCGAUGCCGCCACGUGAACCACCUGCCCGUCGCGGAACGGACUACGCCCCUCCUCCAAGGUUUAGAUCCCGGUCUCCGCCGCCUAUGCUCCAGCCCUCAGCAGCUUGGGCGAGUAGAGAAUCCUCGGUACAUGACGCGCCACCUUUAGCGCGCCAUCCGUCUGUUACCUUUGUACCCAGGCAAGGGACUAGAUUCGAUCGACCCGCAAGGUCACCUGUGCAAGACAGACAGUUGCGCACUCGACGUGACGAACCUGAUGCGUAUCCUCCGAUGGAUUCUGUUCCUCAAAGGAGGGGAAGGGAACCAGAUUUCCCCCCUCAACACCUUGAAGGAGAGGCCGAAGCUAAGCGAAGACGCACGGGUGAACGCGACGCUGAUCCAACACCGACUCGACGU